UAGUCAACAACUAUCCGGCGCAGUACGAGCCUUUCGACUUCUUCGCUGCGCGUCGCGUUCUGCUUAGCGUUCGCGUAAGGUGGCCGUGCGACCAUCGCGAUUGUGCGACCAUGCCGGUACGGACAUGGCCGGCAGAAAUAUGCAUGUGUAUAGAACCCUCCAACAACAGGGGCAAAAGCACGCAAUCAGGUGUCGUAAAGAAUGAACGGUGCGUCAAUGGGACGUAAGAAUCUUUGGAAAAUGGCUGCGCUAAUCUGGUUCUCCGUGAAAAGAAUCCGGGGCGAUAUCAGAGGCAAAUCGCGUCUCGAUUUUCUGGCGGCAGCGGCGGACUUGGGUCUCGAAAGAUGCCGGCAUGUCAAUUGCCGAAGAGCCUCCCUGCUGUCGAACUCGAGGCUGCGUACAUGCUCUGCGCCGCCUUCCAAUUUGAUUCUGGAGAUGAGAGAUGUGUUUGAGGCUGCAGCAACAACUUCGGACGGCAUGGCGAACAACUGCGGCCAUUCAAUGUAUUGCGGCUCUGCACGGUGUGCAUCACAGGCGAUUGCCUUUUUUGCCUAUUCGUACAGAUAUUCAAAUGUCUCUUCGCAUGCCGCGCCCAAAACGACGGCUAUAGCCGGAUCCACGGAUGCGAAUUACGGCGCAGAAGAGCAAAGAGAUUCAGCCUCGUGGCUGCCUCACGCAGCUCUAGAAGAUGCACUUACGACACUCCACCGUAACCUGUCGAGUACAAGAUGUCCGCCGGAAAUGACGAUUUCGCAGAACGAGAAAGCGACGACUCGACACCCAUCAACAUACAGUUCUAGUCACCGUGAUCAGAUGCCGAAAGUCCUGGCGUUGAGCUCUACACCUUCGCCUCGCCAUCAUCCGUAUUCUCGGAGCGUGCGCCGUGCGUGGAGACGCAGGAUGCGACUGCGCGAGGCGUUGUCCCUAUACCCAUCGUGGUUAGUUGAAAUUCUGCACAUACUCAGCGGUCCAGACAACUGGCCUGAGACGUAGGACUCGAGUCUCGCACUAUCGCCUCCGCUUUGGCACGGGCUCUG